CAGGUGCACGGCUUGUGGCUGAUCACGCAACCUUCGCGGCGCCUCUUUUCUUUUAUCUUACACAGCUGACAUAUCGCAAUCGGGCGAAACCUUUCUCAACCUAAUUAUUAAUACCCCAAGGAUCUGGAUUUAUAUCUUAUAUAUAUCGCAGAGGUCCUAACUCUACUGAAUUUCUAAGAUUAGUUUUGCGUAUUUCGAAUUACUUAAAUUCUUGGGAAGAAUCUGCGUACCUAUUAAGCAAAAGCAGACCGCGACGGGGGAAGAAAUAUUAUCUUCUUGGUGAAAUCCGAGGUCGACCCCGGCGACUCCCAGAUAAAAAUGAGCUGGCCAUACCAAAUAUUCGCGCUGGAAGAUGCUCAAAAGCACGCUCGACGCCAAUCGCUUGACCGCCAUGCGGCUUACGCGCAGCUCUCGGCGCUGAUUCCCAUAGGCCUCAUCUUUCUCUACCGGCUAGGAGUAUUUCUGGUGAGACGGGUGUCACCUUAUCAGCCCGUGGCUUACUCAGCCGUUCCGAGCUCUCCGGGACUCAAGCACGAGAGACAGAGUCCUGCCGGAUAUUGGAGUAUCACGGCGAGGCGUGUCGCAUGGUGGCUUGGCGACGAUGUUGUCAUCCUAGGGCUGAACUUGGGACAAAGGGACCAAAUAGUUUUCGGCUCUUUAUGGUCUAUGUGGCUUGUCUUCUUGUGUUUCGAUGGCACUGGAAAUGAUUAUCUUCACCUUGCAAAGCGGUUUGGGAUAGUUGCCCUAUCUCAACUUCCGCUGCAAUAUUUAUUAAUAUUGAAGAACAUCAACCCCAUCGCCUUCGCGUUUGGGUCUUCUCAUGAGCAACUCAAUCGGUGGCAUCGUGUCCUCGGUUGGAUCAUCUACUCCCUGCUCCUUGUCCAUGCAGGUUUAUACUUAAACUUCUAUAUUCAAGAAGGCAUUCUCUCUGAAAGAAUUGUCCGUCCUGUUCCAGCUCUUGGGCUUGGUUCAAUCAUUGGUAUGAGCUUGCUGGGCGCCACGGCCCUUAAAACUAUCCGUACUUAUUCGUACCGUGUCUUUUUCAUUACGCACCUUACGGUAGCGAUGGCACUCCCACCGGCCAUCUUCUUCCAUUCCCAUCACGGGGGCCGGCAGUAUUUAGUUGAGGCAUUACUCGUUUUUUUCAUCGAUCUCAUCAAGCGCAAGAUUGAUACCGUCACCAUGCCAUCGACUCUAGAGCUUAUUCCUGACACGAACUUAAUCAAGAUAGUAGCCAGCCUUCCCUUGUCAAAACUCGAUCGCUUCCGCAAGUACGCCGGAAUGCAUGUAUAUUUGACUAUUCCUUUUGGUUCCCGCCGCAGCUCGCACCUUCUAUUUGAGUUUGCCUAUAACCCAUUCACUAUCGCGUCGGUAGAUGAAAAAUCAGGAGAACUGACUUUAGUUGCGCGACGCCAGAGAGGACCUAUGACUGGAGCCUUGGCCCAGUUUGCAGAAGAUGAGUUAACUGAUGCUAAAGUAUCGUUAUGCAUGGAAGGCCCUUACGGGUGCGCGACAUGGUUUCCAAACCUGGCUGGCCCGGAGUUUGAUCGGAUCCUUUUAGUUGCUGGCGGCAUUGGUUCUACAUUCAUUUUACCUAUAUCCAGAUAUAUUCUAAAUGAAAAUCCAACAGCCCGGGUACAGGUGGUCUGGGCAGUACGCGGGGCCGCUGAUUCGUCGUGGCCUUUAGACAACGCGGAAAAUGCCCUCGAUGACAACGUACAGCUAUUCUUAACUGAGGACGUUCCGCGCGAACUUACUUUACGUGAAGCAGUCGAGUUGGAUAGUAAUUCAUAUCUUAAUCCCAGGCAGGUUCAUAAACGGCCCGACCUACAGCAAAUCGUCGACGACUUUUUCCGCCAGGGGCUUGAAGAGAGAGUCGCCGUGUUGGUUUGCGGACCGGAGGCAAUGGCUCGUGAGUUGAGAUCACACGUUGGAGUUUGGGUUAAGAAAGGUCGGAACGUUUGGUGGCAUAACGAAGGGUUUACAUGGUAGUUGUUUUAAAAGAUGGGGGAUACGAUGAGACUUUAGGUUGUCUUAGAUGGUGUUCUUGGCAUCUUGGCGGAAGCGAUUUAACACCUCUAUUUCUUGGUCUGCCAACCCAGUGAUCACCGAUUCAUGCAUGCAAGUUAACCCUCCAAACAAUGUUUCUUACACAUGUAAUUAUCACAUGCACUUCUCAACCUUGUGGAAAAUCCAUGUCUUGUUUUCUACUUGGGACUGAAAUGGCUUGGCGGCUUCCUCUUAUGGGAGCAUUUAAGUUCACUCAGGGACAUGGGUGCUUAAUUUUGGCUUGAGGAAUCCUGCGACGGGGGACUAGGUUGUAAAUAAUCGUUGUGUUCGGACGGCAUACUUUUUCUAUCCAAGGAAGUACUGUCUCUGAAGGUGAGAGGAAAUGGAAAGUUUCGGCCACGCCUGUUUCAUUUAGAUAAGCGUUAUAGAAAUGGAUUACCUCAUUGCAGAAUUGUCGAAGCUUGUGAGAGCUUCAUUUCCUUGGCAUCUUUACUGGCGCGACAAUCUCAGCUGGUCAAUCUGUCAUUCGACAACUUUUAAAAGUUUAUAUAAUAUAUUGGUGGC